AUGGAAUCUGGAGGUUCUUUGAACGCAUACAAUGCCAAGUACUGGGAAACUUACAACGAGAUCCUCGAUUGCCCCACCAAUUUGGCGAUCACCCAAUACAAGCGGGGUCUCCCAGUCGGACAUAGGCUGCGAGAUUCGCUUACGAUGCACCAGCCCACUACCAUGGAAUCUUUGAUGCAGCGGAUCAACGAACACAUCCGAGUGGAGGACGAUGCCGCCACCACGACUGAGAAGGAGAAUCCGGUCCCGGCGGACAGAAGAGUGGCGGGGGAGGUUCACUCAGUAGGGCAGGAGGACAACCGCCCAAACGAUCGGUCAAAAGAUCAACGUUGUGGCUCAAACCGCAAUGAUAGGAACAAAGGUCGCAGAAACGACCGAGCUAACGCUCCUCGUGAUGAAAAGGAAGAUGCCAAGAGAAAGUUGAAAGCACAAACCGGUAUCACCACGGUCUUUAAAAUCCCUAUUUACCGCAUCCUGAGUGAAAUCCGAGGUGAACCCUACGUCCGUUGGCCGGCCAAGUUGGGAAACACGCAGAGAGGCUUCAACUCGAGGUAUCGCUGCACCUUCUAUGAAGAACGAGGGCACCAAACGGAGGACUGUGUGCCGCUCAAACAACAUUUGGAGUAG